CUCACCGGAACCACUCCUCCGGUCUGUCGCCGCUCGUGCCCGCACCCUUCAGGGGCGUGAGCGCGCUCCCGAGACACCAGGAAAUAUGGCGGCGCUCAUGACACUCAAUCAGCUAUCAAAUGGAAACCCUUCAUUUGAAAGCUAUUACAGACAGCUGGAUCCAGGAAACACAGGCAAAAUAUCAGCAGGUGAUGCUGCUCAGUUUCUCAAAAAGUCUGGGCUUUCAGACAGUACACUUGGGAAGAUAUGGGAUAUGGCAGAUUCAGAAAGAAGAGGCUAUUUGGAUAAGCGGGGUUUCUUCCUCGCUUUGAGGCUGGUUGCCUCAGCGCAGGGUGGAAAUGAUAUCAGCCUUAGCAACCUCCACCAAAAUGUAGCUGCACCCAAAUUUAAAGAUACUAGCAGCCCAUUAUUAGGUAUUUCAACGACAGCACCUGAGUCACAGUGGGCAAUAAGGUCCGAUGAAAAAGGAAAGUUUGAGGGAAUUUUUGAGAGUCUGGCCCCUGUAAAUGGUCUCCUCUCCGGUGAUAAAGUCAGGCCAGUACUGUUAAACUCCAAGCUACCUAUGGACGUGUUAGGAAAGAUUUGGGAGCUAAGUGACAUAGAUAAAGAUGGAAACUUGGACAAAGAGGAAUUCACUGUGGUCAUGCAUCUUGUGUACCGUGCCAUGGAGAAAGAGCCUGUCCCAGCAAGCUUACCCGCUUCCCUCAUCCCACCUUCUAAAAGGAAAAAGUCUGCAGUCGGGCUUCCAGGUGCUGUGGCUGUGCUGCCUGCUCUGUCCGGUCUCAUGUCCGGCCCGGCUCCUCUUAAAGAGACUCUGCGAAGCACGUCUCCCUACACCACCAGUGCGGUCAACCUUUCUCCAAAACACUCCUUUAAAUCCAGUUCACCGCCAGCGGUGAACUGGGUGGUGCCAGUGGCCGACAGAGAGAAAUACGAUGAUAUUUUCAAGACAACGGACAAAGACAACGACGGCCUCGUCACAGGCGGCGAGGUCAUUGAGAUCUUUAUGCAGUCCUCUCUCUCCCAGACAAUGCUGGCACAGAUAUGGGGACUCGCCGACACCAAACAGACAGGGAAGCUGUCCCGGGAGCAGUUCUCUCUGGCCAUGUAUCUGAUUGAUCAAAAGGUCAAUAAGGGAAAAGACCCUCCCUCCGCUCUUACUCCAGAUAUGAUCCCUCCAUCAGAAAGGACUGGAACAUCAACUACUGUCACAAGCUAUGCGGGGCUUAUGUCGUCUGUGAGACCAGAACUCGCAGCACUAGCUAAUAUGCGCAGAGACAGCGCCAGCUCCACGGGGUCGGUAGAGCUGACGGGCAUCAAAGAGCUGGAUGACCUCAGCCAGGAAGUGGCUCAGCUGCAGAGAGAGAAAUUCAUCCUGGAGCAAGAGAUUAAAGAAAAAGAGGAAGCGAUCAGACGACAGAACACAGAUGUUCAGGACAUGCAGAAUGACUUGGACAGGGAGAGCAGCAGCCUGCAGGACCUGGAGUCCCAGAAGCAGGAUUCACAGGAACGUCUGGAGGAGAUGGACCAGCAGCGCUCCAAGCUUGAAGGCAUGCUCAACGACAUCAAGCAGAAGUGCCAGGACGAGACCCAGAUGAUUUCGUCCCUGCAGAGCCAGAUCCACUCUCAGGAGUCGGACCUCCGCAGCCAAGAAGAUGAGCUGAGUCGCACCAAAGCGGACCUGAGUCGUCUGCAGGAGGAGGAGGCCCAGCUGGAGCAGAGCCUGCUCUCCGGCCGUGUUCAGCUGGAUAGCAUUGUUAAGUCGCUCAAAACCACCCAGGAUGAGCUCAACCAGGCUCGCAGUAAGCUGUCGCUGAUCCAGGACAACCAGAAGGAAAUGACCAAGACCAUUGAGGAGUACAACAACGCUUUGAGCAGCAUCAACGGUGGAAACCUCAGCAACCUGCCAGACCUAAGCGAAGGGUUUGCUGAGAAGGCGAAUGGAGGUUUCAGAAGUGCGGAUGACUCUUUCAAGUCGAGGAUAGCCAUGUUCAACAACAGUAGUGGUGCAAAGGAGCCCCCGGCGGACCCCUUCCAGACAGAAGACCCCUUCAAGUCUGACCUCUUCCAAGAUCCAUUUGGAGGAGACCCCUUCAAAGAAAGUGAUCCCUUCAAAGGUACAUCACAGGAGGACUUCUUCAAGAAGAGUGACAAGUCGGACUUGUUUGGAUCUGCAGAGCCCUUUGGUAGAAAACCCACACCGCCAGUCAAGCCGAGUGCCUUCAGCAGUGGUGGAGACCCCUUCGCAUCCAACAGCCCAAAACCAAAGGACUCAGAUUUGUUUGGGAAAGCGGACCCCUUUGGAAGCAACUCUUUUGGAAGCAAGGGGGGUGGAUUUGCUGACUUCAGUCAGAUGUCAAAGAAGCCGGACAAUCCUGCGCUCCCGUCGAAGAAAAACGUGCCUAACCGGCCCGCACCUCCCUACGUAGGUUUGCUCGGUUUGAGUCCACCACAGCCUCCCCUGAGCGUUUGCUCCGCAGCAAACAGUAAAGACUCUAUUGUCACGUCUCACGCAAAUAAAGCAUCCAAAGACUGUCCUGUGGGUUUUGCAGAUAUUGGCUCUGAUCCGAACACGACAAGUUUGGAAAUGAGAGCCAGCAGCUGGAGUGGGCCAAGCGGGAGAGCGAGCGCGAGGAGCAGGAGAGGCUGAGGAGGCUGCGGCUCCAGGAGCAGCAGGACCUGGAACUGGCCAUCGCUCUCAGCAGGGCCGACAUGCCCAACGCAUGACCAAGUACGCUCCACCACCGCCGCAGCUUCUUCGUCCCCUUCCCUCUGCCCUUCAGUUACCCGCCUGCAGGCUCCUGACAACAGACACUGACUAACGGCCCCUGUUACCAAUUUGUGUCAAGAGACCAGUGUUUCUCCAGCCAUGACUGGGCGCAUGUCAAAUGACUCCAUAUUUAGCCACCAGUUAAGGUUCAUUGCUCCCAAACUACAUGGCGACUAUAAUCAGGGACAGUUCGGAGCCACUUGAUUUAAGCCUGUCUUCACCCUACGAGAGCAAAGCGGUUCGACUCAACGCAAACCAGCUGCAAUCUGUGUAUCUAACUCCAUAUCUUACGGCUAACCAACCUACCUUAUCGAAAGCCUGUUUGCUGAAGAUACCAUCCUAGGAAUGUUUUAUAUGUUUAAUUAUAUACAAGAGCAACAAGUCUAUGGUGUAUGAAGUAAAAGGGCCUUGAGGCAAUGCAAAAAAAAAAAAUCUUUUAUAUAACCUCUUAUUACAGACAAAAAUUCAUAUUGAAAGUCAAACCAUACACGCUAACUACUCUGUAGCCCUGCAAUUUAGUUUGUCCGAUGUGUUUUUCUUUUUUUUUCUUUUCCUUGUUUUGUAAAUAUUGUUAGAUGCCAGUUUUUGGAGCGGCAAAGUCCUUAAAACGCAAACCUUCUCUUGAAGAACCGGAGCUUUAGCGAUCAGAUCAUCGGCGACAUGAUUUAGAUUUCAAAGUGUUUAUGCCUCCCUAUGUAAUAUUUAUGGUAUUUAAAGUGCAUGGAUUGAAUGAAUAUUGGGAUAUAAUCAAGAUGCUAGUGAUAAUCAGUGAGGUCCUCCUCUCCUAUGAACAAAGCUCUGCCGCCCGGAGCGCUGUUAGGAUAUCAGCGUUCGUCAGACAGUUCAUCAUUGGUCGCUUUGUCGUGACACCCAAACGACCUGCACUCCCAUACAACUAAACGCCUCUAUACGAUGGAAAAAAAAUAAUAAAUAAAGUGUAAACCUACAUUGUUUAUACUGGUGCUGUUACAACUUUGUCUCCACAUGAUGGACAGUGAUGCAUGCUUCCAACAUUUUGCUUUUUUUUUUUUUUUUUUUCUCUGAACAACCAAAUCAGGAUGUUUUUCUUUUCUUUUUUCCCAUGGAUUUCUACUGUCUCAUUACUGUCUUAUGACCCAGGUGGAGGACGUUUCUCCAGGUGCCUUAAAAAUAUUGCAAUUAUUCAACACUAAUCAGGUUUGUUUGGCACAUAAUGUACAGAUGUCAUGUAAAGAGUAACAGCGCCUUAUUUAUCAACAUAUCAACACUGUAACAUGUACUAUUGCACAGUACGUAUGUAAUUAUUAUCGCUCAAGACUGUAACAACUUUUAAUUAAAUAAAAGUGAUUUUUAACAUUCCUGUUA